AUGACAUCCCAAGGCGAGGGAGCUCUUGCUCGCAUUGCCGUGGACCGCGGAGGCACUUUUACCGAUUUACAUGCCUCGUGCAAGGGACACCAAGACAUUGUGAUAAAGCUCCUCUCUGUCGACCCAGCAAACUACAAGGAUGCUCCAACUGAGGCCGAGCUCGAGGGCAGGGAGAUCCCCAAGGACCAAAAGCUCAGCCUCGACCGUAUCGAGUCGAUUCGUAUGGGUACAACUGUGUCGACCAAUGCUCUUCUCGAACGCCAUGGGGAGCGCUGUGCUCUUAUCACCAGCAAGGGCUGGGGCGAUGUUCUUCUCAUCGGCAUGCAAGCUCGUCCGGAUAUCUUCGACCUGAGUAUCCAGAAGCUCGCCUUCCUCUAUGACGAGGUGGUCGAGGUAGACGAGCGUAUCACACCCCUGCAGUCCCUCGUCUCCCCUGACGUCCCUGUACCCACUGGUGACGCCAACAUUGUCAUCGAGACCACCACGGGCGAGACCAUUCGCGUCCUGUCCCGCCCCGACCCCGCCGAGGUCAGGACCAAGCUACAGGCUCUGUGGGACAAGGGCAUCAAGUCCAUCGCCGUCGCCUUUGUCCACUCGUACCUUUGGGGCGAGCACGAGGACCAGGUGGCAGCCAUCGCCAGGGAGAUGGGUUUCGAGGUCAGCGUCUCUGCGCAGCUCCAGCCCAUGAUCAAGCUCGUCUCGCGUGCCAACUCGGCCAUUGCCGAUGCCUACCUCACUCCCGUAACUAGGCGGUACAUUGAGGGCUUUGGUGCGGGAUUCGCCGGUGGCCUCGAGGCGUUUGGCCAAAAGCUCCUCUUCAUGCAGUCUGACGGCGGUCUGUGUGCGUGGGACAGCUUCUCCGGCCUUCGUGCUAUUCUUUCCGGACCGGCGGGAGGUGUCAUUGGCUACUCCAAGACCUGUUACGAUGCCGAGCGUGGCAGUGCUCUUAUUGCCGUUGACAUGGGAGGUACCAGCACUGAUGUCUCUCGUUACGACGGCAAGCUCGAGCAUGUGUUUGAGACGACCACGGCUGAAGCACCCCAGCUUGACAUUAACACCGUCGCCGCCGGCGGUGGCAGUCGACUGUUCUACCGCCACGGCAUGUUUGUCGUUGGCCCUGAGGGCGGCCCCUUGGCUGUCACUGAUGCCAACCUCAUCCUCGGGCGCCUCCUGCCUGAGCACUUCCCCAAGAUCUUUGGUCCGAACGAGGACGAACCGCUCGACAUCGAGGCCAGCAAGACGCUGUUCGCCCAGCUCAGGGAAGAGAUCAACUCGGGCAAGACUGACAAACUCACACUCGAAGAGGUCGCUGCAGGAUUCCUUCGCGUAGCCAACGAGACCAUGUGUCGUCCCAUCAGAACGCUCACCGAGGCCCGCGGGUUUGAGAGCUCGGCGCACCAUCUGGUCAUGUUUGGUGGCGCUGGUGGACAGCACGGCUGCGCUAUUGCGUCGACGUUGGGCAUCAAACGUAUCAUUGUCCCUCGACUGUCAUCGCUCCUCUCAGCGUACGGCAUGGCGCUUGCUGACGUCGUCAAGGAGAUUUCCGAGCCAGCGGCGUUCAUCGUCACUGGCAACCGGGACAUUAAGAAAAUCUCUGAACGCGUCAAGGCCCUCGUUGCUACCGCAGAGAAAACGCUCGAGGCCCAAGGAUUCCCCAAGGACCGUAUCGUUUGCGAGCUGUACCUCAACUGCCGCUACAGCGGUUCGUCCACUCAGCUCAUGGUUGAGCUGCCCGAGGACGGCGAUGUCGAGAAGGUGUUUGUGGACCAACAUCGCCACGAGUUUGGCUUCAACCUCGAGCGCGACAUUCUGGUCGACGACAUCCGUAUCCGUGCUGUCGGAAAGAGCCUGGGAUCGACCGUCCGCAGCCCGUACGCCGAUUUUGAGAACGCCACUUUGCGUCCUUACGACGCGUCGUCGUUUGAGAGCAAGCAGGUCUACUUUGAGGGCUCGGGCUGGAUCGAGACCCAGGUGGUUCCUCUGCUGGCGCUCAAGGAGGGCGAGCAGGUCCGCGGCCCCGCAAUCAUCUUUGACAAGACCCAGACCAUCCUUGUCGAGCCCACUGACAUGGCCACCUCGCUGCCUGAACAUGUCAUCAUUGACCGCAUCGAGGACAAGGUCGUGACCAAGGAGGUGAACACUACCGAUCUUGACCAGGUCGACCCUGUCCAGCUGUCGGUAUACGGACACAGGCUCAUGGGUAUUGCGGAGCAGAUGGGAAACAUCUUGCGUAAGAUCUCCAUCUCGCUGAACAUCAAGGAGCGUCUUGACUACUCGUGUGCCAUCUUCAACGUCGACGGCGGCCUGGUGGCCAACGCUCCUCACAUUCCUAUCCAUCUCGGUGCCAUGUCACAUGCCGUCCGUCACCAGGCCCGCAUCCAUGGCAACACCCUCAAGGAGGGUGACAUUCUCCUCUCCAACCACCCGGCUGCUGGUGGCUCCCACCUGCCCGACUUGACAGUCAUCAUGCCGGCGUUCCACGAGGGCAAAAUUGUGUUCUGGACGGCGGCUCGUGCCCACCACGCUGACAUUGGAGGCAUCCGUGCCGGCUCAAUGCCCCCCUUCUCCAAGGAGCUUUGGGAGGAAGGUGCGCAGUUCAAGUCGUUCAAGCUGGUCAACGAGGGCAAGUUUGACGAGGAGGGUCUGAUUGAGCACCUGAACGCGCCGGGCAAGUAUCCCGGCUGCAGCCCGACGCGUACGCUCCGCGACAACAUUUCCGACCUGCACGCCCAGGUGGCUGCCUGCCACCGUGGUGCCGUCCUCAUCAACGCGCUCGUGAACGAGCAGUCUCUCGACACGGUAGAGUUUUACAUGAAGGCGAUCAUGCACACUGCCGAGCGCGCUGUGCGCGAUCUCCUACGUGAAGUCAGCAAGCGGUUCGAGGGCAAGCCCCUCGAAGCUGUAGACUAUCUCGACGACGGAACCCGUCUCGUGCUCAAGGUCUCGAUCGACGGCGAGGCCGGCGAUGCCGUGUUUGACUUUACGGGCACAAGCCCCCAGACUUACAACAACCUCAACACGCCCACAGCCAUCCUCUACUCGGCCAUCAUCUACGUUCUGCGUUCGCUGAUCGUCAGCGACCUGCCGCUCAACCAGGGCUGUCUCAACCCCAUCAAGGUGGUUGUGCCACCCGAGAGCGUCCUGGCGCCGGGCGAGAAUGUCGCCGUGUGUGCAGGUAACGUGGAGAGCUCGCAGCGUGUCACCGACGUCAUCUUCAAGGCGUUCCAGUCGUGUGCUGCCAGUCAGGGUGGCUGCAACAACCUGACGUUCGGCAUUGGACCUCGCGAGAUUGACGGCAAAACCAUCAAUGGUUUCGGAUACUAUGAGACCAUUGCCGGCGGAGCAGGCGCUGGUCCCAACUGGGACGGCCAGAGCUGUGUGCACGUCCACAUGACAAACACGGCCAUUGGCGACGUCGAGCUCACCGAGCGCGUGUACCCCGUCAUCAUCCGCGAAUUCUCUCGCCGCCACCACUCGGGUGGCGAGGGCCGCCACCGCGGCGGCGACGGCUGUGUGCGUGACAUCGAGUUCACCGAGGAACUCGACGUGGCCAUCCUGUCGCAGCGCCGCGUGGUUCCGCCAUACGGCAUGGCAGGCGGCGAGCCCGGUGGGUGCGGCGCCAACUUCUGGUACCGCAAACUCAAGGACGACAAGGAGGACGACAAGGAGGACGAGGCGCGGUACACUGUCAUCAACCUGGGCGGCAGCAACCAGUGUGUCAUGUCGCCCGGCGACCGCAUUGUCAUCAACACGCCCGGUGGCGGCGGAUACGGCACACCGGGAUCGACGACUGAAGCGGACGAAGCGCCCACCCGGUCCUCGGUCGCGCUUGCACGUGCGACGGGCAGUCUGGCAGCAAUGAAGAACGCACAGUACACCAACUAG